AUGGAGCCCGGCGGGCCGGCAGAGUCCGCGUGUGCUACCGAAAAUGUUGGCUACGACUUUGUCAGAUUUGGGCUUAUCGUCUACAUCGGCACGCCCAUCGCGAUCCUGGGCGUGCUGUGUAAUUGCGUACUUUUUCGUCUAUUUUCGAAGGCGAGAAGCCGGCGGUCGCCCACGUUGUAUUUGCUAAUAUUGGCGACAUUCGACCUGUUGAUGGACCUGUUCUACGUGCCGUUUUUUACAGUUGACGCGCUGGCCAUCUACGGGGAAAACGUGAUGCUGCACGAGAUCUGGCAUACGUACGCCAUUUUUCUGUACGGCGCCGGGAAGUUGGUCCAAUUCGCCUCCACCUACAUUGUGCUCUGCGCCACCAUCGAGCGGUUCAUCGUCGUGGCCGAGAUCCAUUCGCUCGACUUUUUGGUCAGCGAACGCGGCCGGUACUGUACGAUCGGGGUUGUCCUUUUUGGGGUAUUCCUUCUUCGACUGCCCGCCUUCUUCGAGUACACCAUCGAGUAUCUGCCGAAGUGUGCUGCAUUUCAGAACUACGAAUUCAAGCCGUUGCUCAGCUCCGAGGACAACUACCGCAUCUACAACUUUUACGUGAUGACCGUGCUGCACAUUUUCGUGCCGUUUGCCCUGCUGCUGCUGCUCAAUAUUUCGAUCGUAGCCGUGACGAAGAAAAAACUUCGACACAUCGGCUGGGCGGCCACCACCUUCAUCGACAUGCCCAAGAUCACGGAGCUGAUCCGGAAAGAGUCAAUUUCCUCGGCGAAGAAGCGGCGGGACGAGCUGCGGUACGCCACUUGGACCAUGGUGUCCAUAGUAACGUCCUAUCUUUGCUGCAACACUUUUUCGCUAUUUAUUUCGAUUAUGGAAAACUACUUUGCGGACAACUCGCUGAUGUAUGAGCCGGAUGGGAGCAGUACUCAAUUCUACACGCUCACCAGCGACCUGUGCUCAAUUCUGGUGGCGCUGAACUCGUUGCUGCGGUUGUUCAUCUACAUGCUGUGCUCGCCGUCUAUACGUGCCGAGCUGAUCAAGCAAUGCCCACUCUUUGCCAUUUUCGAGGGUAAUCUACCGAAACAUGGCGGAAUUUGCUGCCGAUUGGGCCUCACCAAAAAGCCACAAAAAACCACGGUGCUGACUACGAACAACAACAACAACGCCCUGGACGACGAUGGCUCCUAUGGACGGGACUACCGUAGAUCGCUAAUUGCUGCCGGCUACGAGCAGAACGGCCAAAUGUUG